CCGGCCCGGGUGCUCCGGCAGCAGGGGGCGCUGUCCCUGCUCUGGGCACCUCAGCUUCUGGGCGCCCUCAGCUGUCUGCGGUCCUGCUGGAUCCUGUGAGCCCAAGCUUGCUUCCUGAGAGCUGCAGUUUACAAGUAUGAAAUGGCUUGAUAUGCAAAUUUAAACAAGCACACACCUGUGUAGCUACCACUCAGAUCAAGAUCUGCUGCCGUCACCUCAUGCCGACGCGGGUAGAGGAGGCAGCGCGGGGAAGAGGCAGCGGCGCCGAGGAGGCUAUUGAGGCCAGCCGGGGUGGACGGCGACGCGGCCCACGACAGAAGUUUGAAAUUGGCACAAUGGAAGAAGCUGGAAUUUGUGGGCUAGGGGUGAAAGCAGAUAUGUUGUGUAACUCUCAGUCAAAUGAUAUUCUUCAACAUCAAGACUCAAAUUGUGGUGGCACAAGUAACAAACAUUCAUUGGAAGAGGAUGAAGGCAGUGACUUUAUAACAAAGAACAGGAAUUUGGUGGGCCCAGCCUACUGCACACAAGAGUCAAGAGAGGAAAUUCCUGGGCGAGAAGCUCGAACAGAUCCCCCUGAUGGUCAGCAAGAUUCAGAGUGCAACAGGAACAAAGAAAAAACCUUAGGAAAAGAAGUUUUAUUACUGAUGCAAGCCCUAAACACCCUUUCAGCCCCAGAAGAGAAGUUGGCAGCUCUCUGUAAGAAAUAUGCUGAUCUGGAAGAGAGCAGGAAUGUUCAGAAGCAAAUGAAGAUUCUGCAGAAGAAGCAAGCCCAGAUUGUGAAAGAAAAAGUUCGCUUGCAAAGUGAACACAGCAAGGCUAUCUUGGCAAGAAGCAAACUAGAAUCUCUUUGCAGGGAACUUCAGUGUCACAAUAAAACGUUAAAGGAGGAAAAUGUGCAGCAGGCACGAGAGGAAGAGGAACGGUGUAAAGAAGCAGCUGCGCAUUUCCAGAUGACUUUAAAUGAAAUCCAAGCCCAGCUGGAACAACAUGACAUACACAACGUCAAACUCCGACAGGAGAAUAUUGAACUGGGAGAGAAGCUGAAGAAGCUCAUUGAAUGGUAUGCACUGAGGGAAGAGCAUAUUGAUAAAGUGUUCAAACACAAGGAAUUGCAACAGCAGCUAGCGGGUGCCAGACUGCAGCAGACGACACAGCUGAUAAAAGAAGCUGAUGAAAAGCAUCAGAGAGAAGAGUUUUUAUUAAAAGAAGCAACAGAGUCAAGGCACAAAUAUGAACAAAUGAAACAGCAAGAAGUACAACUGAAACAGCAGCUUUCUCUUUAUAUGGAUAAGUUUGAAGAAUUCCAAGACACUAUGGCAAAAAGCAAUGAACUGUUUACAACCUUCAGACAAGAAAUGGAAAAGAUGACAAAGAAAAUUAAAAAACUGGAAAAAGAAACAAUAAUAUGGCGUACCAAGUGGGAAAAUAAUAACAAAGCACUUCUGCAGAUGGCUGGAGAGAAAACUGUCCGUGAUAAAGAAUACAAGGCCUUUCAAAUAAAACUGGAACGAUUAGAGAAGUUGUGCAGGGCUCUUCAGACGGGAAGAAAUGAGCUCAACGAGAAGGUGGAAGUCCUCAAAGAGCAGGUCUCUGUCAAAGUUCCAGACAGGGAGUUGCCCAUGCCUGUGAUGCAGCCCUCCAGCAGCCCCGGCCCGGAUUCUCCCAGGGAGCUGUAUACUUCCUGCAGCAGAGCCCUGGGGGCACCGCUGGAGGCUGUGCCCGAGGCAGUGAGUGAGCCAGUGCUGCCCAGAAGCCCCCUUCCUCUGUCUCGGCCCCAGGGGUUGAGUCAGUUGACUAGGAGGAAGUGUGAACACUGUAUUGAGAGGUCUAUUUUGUGUAUAACUUUCUCUGUGAGUAGUAACUAUUGGUUUUGUGGUGAAAAUUUUCUUACUUUUUCUACCAUAUCUGUAUUUUCUUAGAACUACUGGACUUAAGUGGUACAGGAGGCUGCUUAGCAAUUCUGAAUAGAUUUAAUCUCUGCUGUGUUGCACAUCCACCUCAUGUCCCCCUUCACUGGAAUGCAUGUGCUCAUUGCCUUGUCCUUUCUCUUCCUGCUCAGCAUACACGAUUAUCCCAGUGAGUUUCACUCAAGACAGGGCCAACUAUUUCACAUUUUAUGUGAAAAUAUUAGUCGCAGCCCCCAUCAAUAUUAUUCAAAAAAAAAGGAAACUAUCAGGAUUAGUUUUGCCUAAUAGCCAUCUGAAUGCCAAGUAAAAAUAAAACUUGUACUGGUUCAAAACCAAGCAUAGCAUAUUUGAUUAAGUUUAGCUUUUUGGUAAUAUUUACAUCACUUGAAGAAUUGAGAUGGCUGUAAGCCUUGAAUCCCUGUAAGUUUUGGCAGGAUAUGUAUACAGAGAUGUCACUUGUGAACAAAGUAGCAUGUACAGGCAAAGCACUGGACAAACAGGCUGGCUGUGUAUGUGACUAAAAAUAGUCCUACUGCUUUGGUUUUGAAGUUAGAAUCCAUGUGUGGAAUUUGCACCACCUGAUUCUGUUUGUGGAUGGUAGUU